CUAACCUUAUAGGGGUCAGGUCAGGUCACAUGUGGAGCGUCAACACAACAUGGCGACCGUACUUGCCACAAAAGUAGUUCUCCCUCUUUCGAGGUUCCAUUUCAGAUGUUUAGCGGCUUGCCAAAGAAACUACAGCAAUGCAAACGGAAGUUCCUCUCCUCUGUCGGGGAAAACCGUGCGAAUUGGCUGCGCAUCUGGGUUCUGGGGCGAUACAGCGACGGCAGCUCCACAGCUGAUCCACCAGGGCAAUAUUGAGUUCCUGGUGUUUGACUACCUGGCAGAGAUCACCAUGUCUCUCCUGGCCGCCGCAAAGCAGAAAGAUCAGAAUUUUGGCUAUGCUCCAGAUUUUGUCCGAACAGCUAUUGGACCUUUCAUAAAGGACAUCAAAAAGAAAGGGCUCGGCCAAUCAGCAGAGCUCUAGACCAUGGAGCUGAUGUAGUGAUCACAGGGAGGUGUGUGGACAGCGCUGUGGUGCUGGGACCAUUGCUGCACUCUUUUGGCUGGAAGACAACAGACUAUGAUCUUCUUGCAGCAGGAAGCCUUGCAGGCCAUAUUGUUGAGUGUGGUGCUCAAGGAACUGGUGGGAUAUUUACUGACUGGCACACAAUACCAGAUUGGGACAAGAUGGGUUUCCCUAUUGUAGAGGUUGCUUCUGAUGGCCAGUUUGUUGUGAGCAAGCCUCCAGGGACUGGUGGCUUGGUGUCUGCGCCGACUGUUGCCGAGCAGAUUGUGUACGAGAUCGGUGAUCCACGCGCGUACCUACUUCCAGAUGUGUCGUGUGACUUUACAGAUGUGACACUGAAGGAAAUCGAUGGUCAGGAUGGAGGUGCUGUGUUGGUCACUGGGGCAAAAGGAAAACCUCCUUCCAAACAUGCUAAGGUGAGUGCGACAUAUUUUGAUGGUUACCGAGCGCUGGCAGUGUGCGCUGUGGGAGGACCCAGGUCUGCAGACAAGGCCAGGAGAACAGCAGAGAGUAUCCUGAAGAGAGUUAGAAGGAUAUACAAGCAACUUGGAAUGGAUGACUUCAAGAAAGUACACAUACAGGUUAUUGGAGCAGAAGAAACAUAUGGGCCACAUGCCAACCCAACACUAUCCAAGGCCCAGCGUGAAGUUGCCCUCUGGUUUGGGGUGCAGCACAAUGAUAGAAGAGCCCUGCAGCUGUUUGCUGGGGAGAUCGCUCCUGCUGGCACUGGCAUGGCACCUGGUUUGACAGGGAUUGUCGGAGGCAGACCAAGAGUGUCUCCAGUGUUGAAACUGUUUUCUUUCCUGUACAACAAAGAAAAUCUGAAGAUUGACAUCCAUGUGGAUGGGCAGGAAGUAGAGACUAUGAUAGAUGACCAUGGGGCUGAUGGUCAGCAACAGGAAGCCCAGCCAGUGGAGUCAGAAUCGUUGGAGAGUGGACCCUGCACAUACAGGCUAGAGGACCUUGCCUACACCAGGAGUGGAGAUAAAGGAAAUUCCUGCAACAUUGGUGUGGUGGCCAGGAGUCCAUCUUACCUGCCGUACCUGCGAGCUGCCCUGACACCUGAAGCUGUUCAACAGUAUUUCCAGCACCUGCUGGACCCCAUGGAGGAUGGGUCACCCCAAGUCAUCAGAUAUGAUGUUCCAGGAAUCCAUGCGUUGAACUUUGUGCUGAAGAACUCUCUGGGAGGCGGAGGGGUGGCUUCACUCAGGAGUGACCCACAGGGUAAAGCCUAUGGACAGAUGCUGCUGGAUUUCAAGAUAACAAAUGUACCAAAACUGGUGCAGUAAGGUGUUUUGUGAGCAGUGUGUGCUACAGAUAGGUGUUACAUUUUAUUUUAUUUUAUGUUGUUUGUUUAAGUCAUGGAGUUCAGUACAGUCAACAAAACUUUGAAAGAAACUUUGAUUGAAGACAAUGGUCUGGAUUGUCUUGAAUGGUCGAAACAUAUGUUAGAAUCAUGAGGUAAUAAACGUGUCAAAAGUCUGGGCUGGUGAAGAAUAUUUUUUAACAAUCAAUAACAUCUUGUACUGCAGAUAUAUUAAGUACAGGGCUGCCUCUAGAAAAAUUCUCUAUGUCUUAGGAUGGAAAUGUGGUUGUGGGGACAUAAACAUU